AUGGCAAAAAAAGCAGUGAAACCAAUUGAACAAUAUUCCUCAAGUGAUCAAUGUCUUGUUGCACUUCUAUGUGAACCACUGAAAAAAUUGAAAACCAAACAAUCAAAUAUGGUAGCAAUAAAGAAAAGUGAAGAACUGCUUCGUUCAAUUGUUGCUAACGAAUUAAUUUUUGAUACUCCAACGUCGUUAGCAUCAUCUACAAUAUAA